AACUUAGUCACGUGAUCAAACAUUGUUUCUAAGAACAAAUUUUGAACAUUGAUGGAUCAACUUUGAACAUUGUUGUUCAUUGUGAUGGCCCCUGUUGUUCAUUGUUAAGUCAUCCCUCUCACAAAAUUCUUAAUAGACGAUGUAAUUCUUGUAAAUGUUUUGGACAGAGGACAGCGAAGAUGUUUUCUUUGGUACUAUGAUGGUGCCUAUUAUGUCGACUCCACAGCCAACACCAGUCACACUCAUUUACCACCCAGCAUCCAUCCUGUCCAUUGCUAUUGGUAUCUACCUCUUGGUUAUCAUCAUAUUCACCAUUAUUCAGCAAUGUCUUACGAAGCGAGGUGUCUGUUCUGAGUGUACUAUCUGUGGGUCCAAGCCUGACAACAAUUGUAUCAAGUGCUGCCUGGCUAUCUCAGAGAAGUGCACUUGUUCUGUGCCGAGUGUGGAAAAAUGCUUAGAUGCCUGCUGUCCCCAAAGGAAGCAAAUGGACUGUGUCGAUAUAAUUCUAUGCCAAUGUUGUGCUGGUGCAGGUUCUGGUAACACAUGUGGUUUUGGAAACUGCAAGUGUGACUGCAGCUGUGAUCCAGGAUGCAACGAGAUCAACUGUCUCUGUUUCCAACUGAAUUUUGUUGGAGAUAACACAGCGUUGAUCAGUAAUAACCAACCGAACAGGGUCCAGUACUGAAGUAGUUUCAGAUGUCCAGGUUCAAACAACA